AUGGAGUGGAGUGGGUCCGAGUGGGUGCAAGGCGACGCGCGUAUCGGCUGCUGGGGCAACUGGCAACUGACAGCCGUGCUCGACAGCGGUGCUCGACUGGAAGUGUGUCGGGAUCCGGGCAAGACGAGGCAGAGGAGGGAUGAGGGUUUGGUCGAGUUGGAUUUCGAGGCGACGCAAAGGGCUGUGAAGGAGACGAGGAACGUGGGGGAGUUGGAUGGGUUUGAGGAUGAGGAAAGGGAACGGAAUGGAGGGGGGGGGGGGAGAGGGGGAGGGAGAGGGGUUGGAAGAAGGGGAGGAGGAGGCUAG